UCCCUCUUUCCCACCCUAUUCAACCAGGUUGUGCUCCCUCUCGCAAGCCUCUCCCUGCCCCUCCCUGCUGUGGUGCUGAUUGCAGUGACUGCCUAUCUACUUCUCCUCAUGGGGGCGCUGUGGCUUCAGCAGUGCAUCAGGUCUCGAGGGCUGUGCCCGAGCUGCUGUCAGUGUGAGAAGUGCGCCCCCUGUGGCGGGUGCGAGUACUGCCUGGCCUGCGCAGAGUCAUGUGACUGCCGGGUCCCCUCGCUGAGGGGCUGUCUGGAUAGCGCCUGUCCCAGGAGCACUGACUGUCUCCAGGUCUCCACCUGCUGUCCGCUGUGCGACUGCGCCUGCACCUGGCAGCCACCAGAGUGCGAGAGCGUCAACUGCCUCUGCUUUGAGAUCAAGAUGAGAUGAGAAAACUGGAGAAGAGCUGGCUGGUGAAAUAACACAGAAACUGCAGACAACUACACAAAACUGAAGAGCUGGCUGGUGAAAUAACACAGAAACUGCAGACAGCUACACAAAACUGAAGAGCUGGCUGGUGAAAUAACACAGAAACUGCAGACAACUACACAAAACUGAAGAGCUGGCUGGUGAAAUAACACAGAAACUGCAGACAACUACACAAAACUGAAGAGCUGGCUGGUGGAAUAACACAGAAACUGCAGACAACUACACAAAACUGAAGAGCUGGCUGGUGAAAUAACACAGAAACUGCAGACAACUACACAAAACUGCAGCAAAGGAUUUUCACCAGAAGUGAUAAAAUUGCCACGGCUAAGAAGAGGAAAGAGAAUGGAUUUUAAAAAGCACCCCUCCUCCUCAACUUUGAAUGCAUUUGAGUUUCAGUUUUAUUUAAUUUGAACUAAAGUUUAAUGUUUGUUUCUAAUGUACAGAUUUAUUAAAUAUAUAAUUUUUUUUUUUGUUGCAUUGCUUUUUUAUACAAACGAUGUACAAAACACAUACAAUUAAAGCACAGAAGCUUGACGUUUUAUUUUCUUAUUAUUUCAGUGUUUCCCGUUGCCUCUUUCUCACGUUUGCAACCGCUUGCCGUGUUUUCGGAUCGCAAUCGCUCACACACCGUGCUUUAGUUUGUAUUGUGAAUCCAGGCGGCCCUGGCUAGGACUACAGCUCCCAGCAUGCCUCUGCACCCGCGGCAAUGGUGAGGAAUGCUGGGAGCUGUAGUUCUGUAACUGCAAUUCGCUGGGCUGUAUUACCUUGUUUUGCUCAGUCUGUGUUGCUUUGAGUUCAGGAGCUGCUCUGCCGUAGUUCUUGUAUUGUGAAUGGGGGACAUCCCUGGCUAGGACUACAGCUCCCAGCAUGCCUCUGCACCCGCGGCGAUGGUGAGGGAUGCUGGGAGCUGUAGUUCUGUGUUGCUUUGUUCAGGAGCUGCUGGGAGAAGCUCUUUUUAACAGCAUGCUGCGGAUUGCAGUUUUGAUCAAAGAGGUGUUGGGAUUGAGGAACGGAGAAUUGGCCUCGGAACGCAGUAAACUAACAGACACCAAGAAGGAGGGAUUGCAUUGCAGCGUCAAACUGAAAAGGACUGUGGGUGUCCAAAUUUACCCACAGCCAGAAAAACACAACACAAUUUGUUUGUAUAGAUUUGUCAGCUAUUCUUUAAUUUAGAAUUUUCAAUUUGAAUCAAUACUUCGACACACAGAAGACACACACCAGUUCUUGAAUUAUAACCAUGUUGAAGUGUUUACCGGGAGACAGGAUAUUAUAAAACAACUCACAGGGAAUAAACACACUACAACAUAACAGCUGUAAACACACAGA